AUGGAAAGACUGCAAAGAUGUACAGAGGAGGGAAGAUUUGCUACAAUCACUUCAAACCAUUGUGGGCUAGGAAUGUGCCAAAGUUUGGAAUUGCGCAUGCAUUUUCUUUGGGAUUGGGCCCUUGGUUGGCGGUGGAGAUACCCGAUUUGGUUGAGAAAGGGGCAAUCACGGCCAAUUCUUGAAGCUGUCCUCGUUGUGGUCCAUCAGAAAUCGGUUUCCACCGUCUCGGCAAGGCACGAUGGGAGUGUUGAAUACUAA